UUGUUGUUGCUUAUUUUGUUUAUAAAUAGCCUUCAUCUUCUCUACAUUUCAGUGACAUGCAUGAUAUAUUUUCUUCUGUCAUUUAAUGGCAUUAUUAACCUCUUUGAUCUCCAUACUGAUUUUGAUAUGGUUUACUUCACUUCUACUUAAGAAGUUCUCCAAAAAGGCACAAGCGUUGUUGCUUCCUCCUGGACCGAUGGGGCUACCCCUUUUUGGGAGCCUUCCUUUCCUACAUCCCGAGCUUCACUCUUACUUCACUGACUUGGCCAAGACCUAUGGCCCAAUCUUCUCCCUCCGGCUUGGGAAAAAGAUCGCCAUUGUCAUCUCCACUCCCUCUGUGGCACGAGAAGUUCUCAAAGAUAAAGACAUCAUCUUUGCCAACAGAGACAUCACUAUUGUUGGUAAAGUAGGGUUCUACGGUGGCUCUGACAUUUUGUGGAGCCCUAGUGGACCUGAGUGGCGGAUGCUAAGGAAAGUCUUCACUCGAGAGUUGCUCAAUGGACCCAUGGUGGAUUUUGUCUACGAAAUCCGAAAGAGGGAGAUUCAAAAGAUGGUCAAUAACAUUUGGGUCCAGAGAAUGUUAUCGGUGGAUGUUGAGGAAGAGGUAUUCAUGACGGUGCUGAAUGCAAUAAGCACGAUAUUGUGGGGAGAUGAGAUGACGAAAAGGAGUCUUCGGACUGAGUUCCGACUCUUUGUGAAAGAUGUGACGACGAUGAUGGGAAAAACAAAUAUAUCAGAUUUCAUCCCAAGUCUAGCUAUAUUUGACUUGCAAGGUAUUGAGAAAAAGAUGAAGAGAUUGAUGAAAAGGUUUGAUAAUUUUUUUGAAUUGGUGAUAGAUGAACGGACAAGAGAGGAUGAUAAUAAUGAGAAGAAAGAUUUUCUUCAGGUUCUUUUGAAUUUGAGAAAAGGAGGAGGAAAUGAUAAAACCCCUCUAACCAUGACUCAUCUUAAAGCAAUAUUAAUGGAUAUGAUUAUUGGAGGGACGGAUUCAACAUCGCACAUGGUAGAAUUUGCAAUGGCUGAGAUGAUGAAUAAUCCCCAUGUGAUGAAGAAAGCGCAAACAGAAUUAGAAGUCGUGGUGGGAACAAACAAUAUGGUUGAGGAAUCACACCUUAGAAAAUUACCUUAUUUGUACGCAAUCAUGAAAGAGACCCUACGCUUACACCCGGGUGUGCCUCUCCUUGGUACACGAUGUCCUACUGAGUCUUCCACUAUUUGUGGAUACACAAUUCCCAAGGGAUCUUGUGUAUUCAUCAAUGUUUGGGCAAUUCAUCGAGACCCUUCGAUUUGGGAGGACCCACUUAUGUUUGAUCCUGAAAGGUUUAUGAAUUCAAAAUGGGACUAUACUGGAAAUGACUUUAACUACUUUCCAUUUGGUUCCGGUAGAAGAAUCUGCGUGGCCAUUCAACUAGCAGAAAUAAUGUUUUUGCUCUUGUUGGCCUCGCUCAUUCACUCUUUUGAGUGGAAAGUGUCUCAGGGCGAGAAAGUAGACUUGGAAGAAAAGUUUGGGUUUGUUCUAAAGAAUAAGAAAUCUCUUGUUGCAAUACCAACACCAAGGCUUUCUAAUCCAAAUUUAUAUAAGUAA